AUGGAGUGGACCAAAAACCAGUACAACAAGCAGUACGAGAGUUGGGUCCCGUGGCUCGAGGAUAUCUACCUCCGCUACUUUACGAAGGAUAACAAAGCCAGCUACACAACACGUGAAAACCUCAACAAAACCAAAGUAACCGGCAUCUCCCAAGUCGACGCCGCCCAAGACGGCAUCAACAACCUCAUCGCCGGCCAAGUCGGCCAAAACGGACUCGGCCGCCCCAUCGGCGACCUGGCCUCGCGCGAAGGGCUCAACCGGGCCGAGCGUCAGGGGAAAGAUGACCAGGGCGGUUAUGUGCCGUCGUCGGUGGGCGGCUCCGCGGGCGUAAAGGCCGGAGAGGCGGUUCAGGGGGCCGGGAGCGCGGUUGUCGGUGGUGUGAAGGGAGUUGGGAGUGGUGUUGGGGCGUUGUUGGGAGGUGGGAAGGAGGGUGAUAAUAAGGAGUAA